CUGAUAUGAAGUUUUAGAGUAACACGAAUUCCAGCUAAACUGCGCCUCUACGACAUUGCGCUGCGGUAGCGCAUCGUGGAUGUACACGGUGCACAAACUUGAAAGGAUCAGCAACAACUCCGCAUAAAGCCUAUGUUCUUAUAAAAGCACCAAACCCUUAAUAUACAUCAAGAAAGAUCAAACGAUCGCCUUUUAUCACCAUGGGCAAGGACCAAUUUGAUAUCGAAAAACUCAAACAAGAGAAGAAGGCCAAAAAGCUGGAACAAAAAAAGCUUAGCCAAAACCAGCAGCAGACACAACAACAACAACAGCCAAAACCUUUCGUACGAUCGUUCCAUGUCAUUCCUAAUCGCAAGCAGUUGGCAAAACCGCCACUUGGAACAUUCACUAUAAUGUCAUUCAACAUAUUGGGACAGUGUCUGGUAAAACGCAAGCUGUUUCCCGAUUCAGGUGACAUGCUUAAAUGGAAACUACGUCGGAAUAUGGUAUCGGCCGAACUAGAACUAUAUAAACCAGAUGUCAUGUGUCUACAAGAGGUGGACAAUUAUGAACAGUAUUAUAAACCCAUCCUUGAAAGGCUAGGAUACAACGCUCAAUAUACCAAACAUGAUAAAAAACUUCAUGGUCUCCUUAUUGCCUAUAAUCCUAAAGUUUUUGAAAUGACAAAAUACGAAACUGUGGAUUACGACGACAAUGCGAAGUGCCCGAAAACAUGGAUCACAAGCAAUAUUGGUCAAGUCAUGGGCUUACGACACGUCGAUCAUCCAAAUUUCGGCUUAGUCGUCGGUAAUACCCACUUGUAUUGGCGACCUGUUGCAAUUUAUGAGCGGGUACGACAAGCAACUUUGUAUAUUGAUAAAAUUAUCAGCGUUAAAAAAUCGCUAGAAGAAGCCGAACCAGAUACGCAAUGGGUACCUAUGCCCAUAGGAGACUUUAACAUGAAUCCUACAGGUGCUAGCCUUUCUGCUAUUACCAUGGUUCGUAUACCACCUGAAAAAGAAGAACAAUUAGAAGAUUCUCGUAAAAACCCUGGAUCAUUGAUGAAAAAGAGCAGCGAUGGUGAAGAAGAAGCAGCAACAGAGGAGGCACCGGCAGAGCAAGAUGAACCAUCGGAAGCAGUUGAUCACGAAACAAGCAGUAACACUAUGCCCACAUCUGAGCUCAUAGCAAUCGUGCACAAGGAAGCACCUGAAGCAUGGCAUAGCGUAUACAGCUGUCAUGGAUCAAUCGACCCCAAUACCUCGGAUCCAGUCUCAGGUGAACCCAAGUUUACAAACUAUACAGCGGCUUUUAAGAACACAUUGGACUACAUGUUGCUGCGAAGGGACGAAGCAUCAUUAGCGGCUACUGAGAUUCUGGUAUUACCACCGGAGGAGUCGAUGAAGCCCUCAUUACCAAAUAGAAACUUUGGUAGUGACCACAUGUGUCUUUUGGCGAGAUUUGAAUUUGCAGUUUAAUAAACUAAGUAGAAAUAUCUUUUCGACGAUUCAUAUAUUCAUAUACUUGUGGAGUGUGAUACUUGAUGCUGAAUGAUGUAGAAG